AUACUUCUUGACUUAUUUUUGGUUAAUAUAUUUAGGUUUGAAAAGCAAACUGUGAUAGUAUGUGAUAUUGUCCUUUAACAUCUUUCUUGAUUUGUUGGUGAAAUAUUAAGUUUCUUAGUAGGCCUUUUUAUGGAUCUUCUAAUUACUGCGUGCAUACACACGUGUGCUAGAGUAAGUGAGAGAGGAUGAUGCCAAAUAUCACAAAUUUAGAAAUAUAUCUCAAUCUUAAGGUAGAAUGGUAAGUCUUAAGCAGUCAUUAGGUGGUCGGCUACAUAGAGCACUGAAUGCUUUAUAACAUUUCUAGAACCUUUUCUGCUCUUAAAAUUGGUGUCAUCCCAGUUUGAACUAGUGUGAAGUCAUGGCGAAGGUAAUUUAGGAUAUAUAAAAGACCAUUAGCAGGAAUAAAAACCCAUCCCUCUGUAGAAGCAUGCUAGUAUUUUUUUUUCCUUCUUUCCUGGGGGUGGAAUUUUUGGGAUGGGGAGGUUCAAGAGGGAAAGUUGAUGUUAAGGAAAGUUGAUGUUAAGAAAUGAGGCAAGGGCGCCGCAGGGAUCCCGCGGCACCCCCCCCUCCGAUCAAUCCGCGGCCAAUCCCGGCCGCGGAUUUCGCUCGGCCGCCGCGAUUCACGCGGCGGAGAGCCGAUACAAGGGGGUGAUAAAACCCCCCAAGCCCUCCUCCCUAGGGCACCUCCAAGCUCCUCCUCCUCCUCCCUCCUUCCCUCUUCCUCCUCUCCUUGGUGAUCGGCGUGCCCUCCCGGCCGAGUGCUGUCCGAAACCCUGUCGCGAGUCUCCCCUGUUUUGAAAUCUUCUUCCUCUCCGGAAAAGCGCCGCUGCCACCGCCGUUUGACCACCGGAUCGAGCAGCUGCAGCCGAGACCUCCCUCCUGCCGCCUCCGUCGAGCACCGGCAAGAAUGAGUGCGAAAAUGAACGCUUUUCUUCAUUACUGGAUCAUAUUCCCUCUGGUUCUAGUGGCACUGGGCGUCAGUGCGAUCUCGGUGAUGGUACUCAUGACCCAGCAAAUUAAGCCCGCCAUGCGGGAUGAUCCUUAUGAUCCUGUCAAGUUGUUGCUGGCGCACGUCCAUGACCGUGCGGAUCUCCUGAUGCAGGCGAAUGCCACUGUAUUUCAUGUCACCAGGGUGCUAAGCUCCAUUGGAGACUUGUCCGCAUUCUCCAACAUCGCAGACAAGGUGGCGCCAAAUUUGUUCCUGGCAUUUGCAACAAUGCCAUGGAUAUCACAGAUAUCUUAUGUUAGUAUACAUGGUGGAAUGCUUCUCUCCUAUUACAAUGAUGAGAACCAGGCGCGCACGAUGUUUUCGAAUAUUUCAGAUUCUUCCAAUUAUUCUGCUGCACAUAAAUGGUACAGCCAAUCAGUAGAUCGAGAUACUGGGAUGGUGUAUGGAGAUGUGAUUCCUUGCUCUCCACAACAAAUUGGUUCCCAAUGGUUUCAAGAUGCAUUAAAUGGUAAGAGCAGGUAUGCUUCAUGGGGAGUUGGCUGGAACAAAGCUAGGGAUCAGAUGCUCUUUUUCACUGCUCCAGUGGCCAGAUCAGGAGUUAUUUCCAUCGGAAUUGCCAUAAAAGAUCUCGUUGAUAAUAUUUUUCGUGUCAACCUUUGGGGCGGGCACUUGUAUGUAGCUACAGAAGAUGGGCAUGUCAUAGCAGAGACUGGACCACCGCAUACUCGCUAUGUGCUUGGUAAUAAUACAGUUUCAAUCCAUGUAAUGGAUAAGAGUGAUACCUUACCACUUGAAAAGCAUGAUAAUUUUUCAUGCCAGCUUGAUAACCCUGAAGGUACAGGCAGUGAUCCAUCUCAUACUAACUAUUUGAGCAUUUGGGGCAAGAGAUACAAUUUUGGUUGUGCUCAUCUUGAUGUUUCUGGAAUCAGAAUGGUAAUGCAUUGGAUAUUGGUCCUGGAAUUAAAGCUUUUUGAUGCUUUCUUCUUAUGAAAUGAUGUCAUUUUCAGUUCAGUCCUUUCCAUUAAUAGUUAUGCCUUGCCUUGCUCUAAAUUGAUCGAAUUUUGGUUAUUUACUAGGUAUAUGUAAUUGCUUUUCCCUGUAAGGAAGUAAUUCCCCUCGUUCAUAAGAUGAAGAUAGUUGUUGUCUCACUGCUGUCACUUAUGAUUCUCGGUGUGAUUGUCGGAAGUUCCAUCAUGCUGCAACUGUUGAGGAGAUCGCGAAUACAGGAAGCAUUUCUAUAUGCGAGCCUCAUCAAGCAAAAGGAGGCGAUUCAACAGGCAGAGCGGAAGAGUAUGAAUAAGAGCUUGGCAUUUGCUAGUGCCAGCCAUGACGUGCGUACUUCUCUCGCAGGCAUCACUGGCUUAGUAGAACUUUGUCGUCUUGAUGCCACCCCAAAUUCCAAAUUGGAUAGGCACUUGGAGCAGAUGAGUACUUGUGCAUCACAACUUCUAGGGAUAGUAAAUUCAGUUCUCGAUACAAGUAAAGUAGAAGCAGGAAAGAUGCAACUAGAAGAGGUUGAAUUUGAUAUGGCUCAAGUGCUUGAGGAGUCAGCAGACAUAUUCCAUGUUGUCGCUCUUAAGAAAGGCCUAGAGGUGAUUUGGGAUCCUUGUGAUUGCUCAGUUCUUAGAUGUUCAAAUGUCAAAGGAGAUUGUCGACGGCUUAAACAGAUUCUCGAUAACCUACUUGGCAAUGCAGUGAAGUUCACAUCCGAGGGACACGUGGUUGUGCGUGCUUGGGCUAAGAAGCCUAGCUUAGAAAAUUUUAAACUUUCUUCGAACCAUGAGUUCCGCUUUCCUAGCAUAUUAAGCCAUCUGACAAGGUGCCUUUGGAAGAAUGAAACUAAUAUGGAAAUUCUUAAUCCUGUUCAGCAUGGCCCAGAUUCUGUUGAAUUUAUUUUUGAGGUAGAGGACACUGGUAAGGGAAUACCCAAGGAAAAGAGAGCUUCUGUCUUUGAGAACUAUGUGCAAGUCAAAGAAACAACUACUGGAGGACAUGAGGGCACUGGUUUGGGACUUGGAAUAGUUCAAUCCUUUGUGCGACUGAUGGGUGGUGAGAUUAGCAUUAAGGAGAAAGAUCCUGGUGAAAGAGGAACAUGUUUUAGGUUUAACAUUUUUCUCAAGUCAAGUGAUGCAUCUUUGGAUGGUGAAGAGAAUACCAAUUCUCAGUUGCAUCCAAGAAAUACAUCUGUUGCUAGUACUCAACUUGCUGGGAAAAAUAUGACUGCCCAAUCAAAAAUUCGUGCCAUGACAUUCAAAAGAGGUCUUCAAAUGGAAGGAAUUCACUCUCUACUUUUGAUUCAAGGUGAAACAAAAGAAAUUAUGCAAAGAUGGAUGGAAAGCCUUGGAGUAAAGGUAUGGGCAAUCGACCACCACAAGCUUCUUUAUCCUUCACUCGAAAAGAUCAAGAAUAGUCUUUGUGCCUCUGCAAAGCCCGAUUCAGUGUCACGUAGCAAUUCCUUGUCCAGAACCACAUCUCUCAAUUAUAACAAAGAAAAUGAGGGGUGUUCUAGCUCUGUAGAUGUGGCUGAUCAAACUUUGCCUCUUACCACUAAGGAACGUCUGAAGAAGCUAAGUUUUAGUGGUUUGCCAACUUACAUUUUGAUUGUCAUUGAUUUGAGCAGUGGAAAUAUGUCAGAAAUAUGCUCGAUUUUGAAGAAUUUUACUAGCAGCAUUCAUAAUAUCCAGUGCAAGAUUGUUUGGUUGGCCAGUUUCAAUACUCCGGCUGCUGAUUUAAGUAGUUCUAAUCAGGAGAAAUGUGAUCUUGUUUUGCAAAAACCAUUACAUGGUUCUCGUUUAUAUGCACUCCUGAAACUUUUACAAGAGUUCGGAGGAACAAAUGUAGAUGAUCCACAAGGAAUACAGAUUAUGAAUACAAUGCAAGAACGACAACAAUCUAUCGAGCUUGGUUCUUCUAUGGAUGAUAAAACUUUAUUGUCCAAUUCUUUUGCUUCGCAAUCAAGCCAACAUACCAACAAAACAUCUGGAUCGAGAUACAGUAUGGAUGAUGACACACCCUUAAGUGGCAUGAACAUCUUACUUGCGGAGGAUAUGCCCAUUUUAUCUAAGGUUGCUAAACACACACUUUCAAGACUUGGUGCAACUGUUGAACAUGCUGAAAAUGGGCGGGAUGUUGUGGACUUGGUUACAAAGGCUUUGCGAGGAACAUCUGAUAAGCACAAUGGAACUGCCCAACCACAAGGAGAUUUAAAGCCUUUACCUUAUGAUAUUAUUCUAAUGGAUUGUGAGAUGCCUAUUAUGAAUGGUUAUGAAGCAACAAGGAAAAUAAGGGAAGAGGAAAAAUAUUAUGGUUUCCACAUCCCAAUAAUUGCUUUGACUGCUCAUGCGACACCUGAGGAAGAAAGGAAAUCAAUUUCCGCUGGAAUGGAUUUCCAUUUGACAAAGCCACUAAAAAGUAAUGAGCUAUUGGAAACUAUCAAUAAUGCUUAUCAAAACUAAAACAAAUGAAUCGACUAUAUUGCUAUACAAUUUGAACUGUCAUUUCUUUUCUAUUAUGUCUUUGUUUGUACUAUAGAUCAGACAAAUAUUGUAAGUUUUUCUAUUAUUACAUUCUCCUUGUUUGCUUAAA